AUGGCAUCUGAAAGUGAAACUGAAAUAGAUCAAUCUAUUGAAGUACAUGAGAAGAAGAAAAAAGAUAAGUUAAAAAAGAAAAAGCGAAAACUUGAAAAUGGUAAUGAAGUGACAACAAAUAACAAAAAGAAAGCAAAAAAACAAAAAUUAGAACAAGAAAAUGAAGAAGAAGAAGAAGAAAUAGUGAAUGAUGAUGGAGAUCUUUCAUCAACUUCUAUCGAUGCAAAUAGAGAUGAUAAAAUCGAAACAACCGGUGAAUAUAUUCCAUCUGGUGGUAAUCUAACAUCCGUUAGCUUUGAAUCAUUAGCGGACAGAGGCGUUUCUGAUUUAACAUUAAAAGCUCUUAGUGAAAUGAAAUUAACAACAAUGACUGAAAUUCAAGCAAAAUCUAUUCUACCAUUACUCGAAGGACGUGAUUUACUUGCAUCAGCUAAAACAGGUUCGGGUAAAACAUUAGCAUUUCUUAUUCCUGUUGUUGAAUUGAUGUAUAAAUUACGUUUUAUGCCACGUAAUGGUACUGGAGCAAUCAUUAUAUCACCAACACGUGAAUUAGCUAUGCAAACAUAUUCCGUGGUAAAAGAAUUAUUAGCCUAUCAUCAUCAUACAUAUGGUUUAAUUAUGGGUGGAACAGGACGACAAGAUGAAGUUAAAAAACUUACUAAAGGUGUGAAUAUUAUUGUUGCAACACCAGGUCGUUUACUCGAUCAUCUUCAAAAUACAAAAGAUUUUAUGUAUAAAAACUUACAAUGUUUAAUUAUCGAUGAAGCUGAUCGAAUUUUAGAUAUUGGUUUCGAAGAAGAAAUGAAACAAAUUAUACGUUUAUUACCAAAACGUCGUCAAACAAUGUUAUUCUCUGCUACUCAAACUCGACGUAUUGAAGAUUUAGCUAAAAUUUCACUUAAAAAAGAACCAUUAUAUGUUGGUGUUGAUGAUGCAACUGAUCAAGCAACUGUUGAAGGACUUGAACAAGGUUAUGUUGUUGUUCCACAAGAUAAACGAUUUCUUUUAUUAUUUACAUUUUUAAAAAAGAAUCAAAAGAAAAAAAUGAUGGUCUUUUUUUCAUCAUGUAUGGCAGUUAAAUAUUAUAAUGAAUUACUCAAUUAUAUUGAUAUACCAGUGUUGAGUAUUCAUGGAAAACAAAAACAAGCCAAACGAACACAUACAUUUUUUGAAUUUUGUAAUGCUGAAACAGGCAUUUUGUUAUGUACGGAUGUAGCAGCGCGUGGUUUAGAUAUUCCAGCAGUUGAUUGGAUUAUUCAAUUUGAUCCUCCAGAUGAUCCAAAAGAAUAUAUUCAUCGUGUUGGUCGUACUGCACGUGCUGGUGCUCAUGGUCAUGCAUUACUUAUUUUAACACCACAAGAACUUGGCUUUCUUCUUUAUCUUAAACAAGCUCGAGUAACAUUAAGUGAAUUUGAAUUUGCAUGGAAUAAAAUAGCCGAUAUUCAACCUCAAUUGGAGAAAUUAAUUGAAAAAAAUUAUUUUCUUCAUUUAAGUGCUAAAGAAGCUUAUAAAGCAUAUGUUCGAGCAUAUGCAAGUCAUAGUAUGAAAAAUGUUUACGAUGUUGAAAAAUUAGAUUUGGUUAAAGUUGCAUACAGUUUUGGCUUUCGUGUUCCACCUGUUGUUGAUCUUGGUGUUUAUUCAAGUAAAAAGGGAACAAAAUCGAAAAGUGGAUUCGUUCGACCGAAACAAGAACGAAAAGUUAAAAUCUUUAAAAAUUUAAGCAAUGAAAAAUCGAAAAAGAAAUUUACACGAUAA